CCAAUUUGCAUUCACCUUUCAAUUCAUUUCCAUACGUUAAAAACUUUCCAAUUCUAUUGGAAAAAACAAAAAAAAUUUAAGCCCUAGCUCCUUUCUUUAAAAAACAUUUUAAUCAAGAAUGGAGUUCAAGAAAACCCUAGCUCAAAGCAUUUUCAAAAUCACCAAAAUGACAAAUCAAUCCCUGACCAACUGCCGUAUUUCCAACCCUGCCAUCCUCCGUCAACUCCCGGCGAAAUCCAACAUUGCUCCCGAUCCCGGAGAUAACGGAAUAUUCCGCCGGUUGUUCCACAAACGAGCUAUGUUCCAGCCUUCGAUCUCGCCGGAGGUCCGGUCAUUUCCGACCGGAGAUAAUCUGAUUGAGAAGCUCAGGUCGUUCGACAUUGCGAAGGAUAGAAUCAGAUUGGACGGGUUGAUAGCACCGGAGAUUAAAUACUCUCCCGAGAAGAAGGCGGAUUUGACGGUGGCGGACGCUAAGAAACUGCUGAGAGCUGCGCAAAUGGAGAUGGUGAAAUCGAAGCUGAGAAAUGUGGAGAGUAAUUGGGUUGGUUACUCGGAGUUUGUUCGGAUCUGCGGAGACGGGUGUUCGAAUCCGGAAGAAGGAAUUCGGGUCGCCAAAAACUUAGACGAAUCCGGGUCGGUUAUUGUUCUGGGCGACGUGGUGUUUCUUAAACCCGAACAGGUAGUAAAAGCAAUUGGAGGACUAAUCCCAUUACCAGCAACAAACCCAAAUGAUCCAAGAAGACAAGAGCUAGAGGAAUUGGAGAAACAAAAAUCCGAAAUCGACAAAAAAGCCGAUAUCCUUGUUCGUCGAGAAUUAUGGAGCGGCCUAGGUUAUAUGGUUGUUCAAACAGCAGCUUUCAUGAGGUUAACAUUUUGGGAACUAACAUGGGAUGUGAUGGAGCCAAUUUGCUUCUAUGUUACUUCCAUGUAUUGCAUGGCAGGUUAUGCAUUUUUCCUCAGGACAUCAAAAGAGCCAUCUUUUGAAGGUUUUUAUCAGAGCAGGUUUCAUUCCAAGCAGAAGAAGCUAAUGAAGCUUCAUAAUUUCGAUUCCGAACGGUAUAAUCAGCUUCUGAAAAUUUGUUAUCCGUCGUCGUCGAUAUCGGUGCCGUCUGCUUCUUCUGCAGGGCAUGUUUCUGCAAUUGCUGCAUUCUAAACAAUUUGACAUAAUAGAUUUUAAAACCAAAAAAUGAAAGAAAAAUCAAAUGUAUACAAGUUUAUUUUUGACCCUUUUGUUUGUAAUUUUAGAAUUUAGUUGAGGCUCAGUAACCUGAUAAAUUUGGAGAGUGUAUUACCCCACUGUCGUUUAACCUCCAUUUCCAAAGGAUAUUUGUGAAUUAAAAUCAUGUUAAUUUGUCAAAAGGAAAAUUAUGAAACACCUGAAACUCUAAAUCUUUUGAUAUAAAGUUGUAAAUAAGUUUAUCUCUA